GUGGGGUUGGACGGAGGGAGAAAGAGAGAGAGAGAGAGAGAGAGAGAAGAGAUAGAAAGAGAAAGAGAGAUAAAGAGAGAGAGAUUACAAGAGGCGCCGGGCAAGCAUCCCAGAACGGCCGUGUGCUCCGUUCGUCUCUGAAACACAGAGAGGAGAGAGUCGGGGCUCGAUCGAUCGAUCGGCUCGAUCGAGCGUCGAACAAUUAACGGCCAUCAAAUGCCCAUCUCGGGUACGCGUGGCGCGUAAAUCGCGGCGCGUAAAUCGUGGCACGCUCUUGUGACUCGACGGACACGCGCCUAUCCUCCUCCUCCUCCUCAUCCUCCUCCUCUUCCUCCUCCUCCACCUCCUCCUCUUCCUCCUUUUCCUCCUCCUUCCCUUCUCCUCUUCCUUCUCUUCCUCUUUCCCUUCUUUUUUACUCCAUCUUAUUUUUCUUCCUCUUUUUCGUCUUCGUCUUCGUCUUCGUCUUCGUCUUCACUUCCUCUUUGUUUCUUGUUCUCCAAAAAGUCACUACUCUCUCCCCACCACUUUCUUUCAUCAACCCCCUCUUUUCUCCUCUCUUCUUCUUCUUCUUUUUUCUUCUUCUUCUUCUUCUUCUUCUUCUUCUUCCGUUUCCUUUACCUCCUUCCGCCUUCCAAAGUUUUUGGAAAACACGCGAGUAAACUUUUCGUGGCCAGUGCCUUCGAGGACCUUCGACGGGCCGAAAUUUUUACUUCGGCCUUUACUCCCGUACGACGGCCCGUCGAUGUCCGUCGAUCGUUCUCCCAACCGAACGCGAUACUUCGUGAUUUUACGGAUCGAUAUAUUCGAUCGGUAUAACGAACGAUCCGUGGAUCGUCCUCGGCGUGUCAGUGUCUCAUCGUCGUCGUCAUCCUCGUCGUCUGACUUCUUGGGAAUAAAUCGGGACUCGUAAUCAAAGAGGACGAAGAGUAAGCUCGUUCUCCCGAGGUCGCCUUUCCUUCUUCUUCUUCUUCUUCUUCUUCUUCUUCUUCUUCAUCUUCAUCAUCUUCUUCUUCUACCUCUACUUCUUCUACUUCUUCUUCUUCUUCUUUUUCUUCGUUAGAUCGUCUCCUUCGAUCAUCUCCUUUCGCUGUGUGACGUUAGAGAGCCUCGAGAUGUUACUCUCUGGUGCUUGGUUCGAGGCUAUAGCCGCUACACUUCUCGCAAUUUUAGUCUUGGCUACCAGUUAUCGACCACCAUGGUGGUUCUGGACAGGAAGCUCUCAUCAGACCAGUGCCAUAUCGGAAGAGAAGGAUAGGAGGCCAUUUAAAACAGCUCGGGACGUGCCCGGUCCAUUCUCCUUACCUAUUCUUGGCACAAGAUGGAUAUUCUCCUGGAUCGGGUACUAUCGAAUGAACAAGAUUCACGAGGCUUACAAAGAUCUGAAUCGACGCUACGGAGGCUUGUGCAAGGAGGAGGCACUCUGGAACUGGCCAGUUAUAUCGGUAUUUUCUCGACGUGACAUCGAGCUGAUCCUUAGGCGAGGUUCGAGAUAUCCUCUUCGUCCACCGCAAGAAGUCAUAUCGCACUAUCGACACUCGCGACGUGAUCGUUACACUAAUCUCGGUCUUGUGAAUGAACAGGGCGAGACUUGGCAGAAGCUUCGUUCUGCUCUCACUCCGGAACUCACGGGAGCCAGCACGGUUCUCGGCUUUUUUCCUGCUCUAAAUAUCGUCUGCGACGGUUUCAUCGAGCUAAUACGAAAACGGAGAACCAUGUUUGGCAUCGCGGGAUUCGAAGAACUUGCCUAUAGAAUGGGACUCGAGAGUACCUGUACCUUGAUUCUGGGUCGGCAUCUUGGUUUCUUAAAGCCGGACUCGAGCGACACGCUUACUGCAAGAUUAGCGGAAGCAGUUAGGAUUCACUUCACGGCCUCGCGAGAUGCCUUUUAUGGGUUGCCGCUUUGGAAGGUGCUACCGACAUCCGCUUACAAACAGCUGAUAGAGAGCGAGGACGCUAUUUACAACAUAAUCUCAGAAUUAAUGGAGACGACGAUGUACGAGAAAAGAAACGACGCUCGAGACGAAUCCGUAGAGGCCGUUUAUCAAUCGAUUUUACGACAGAAAUCAUUAGACAUAAGGGAUAAAAAAGCAGCCAUAGUGGACUUUAUUGCGGCUGGUAUACACACAUUGGGUAAUACUUUAGUCUUCCUUUUCCACAUGAUCGGAAGUAAUCCAGAAGUACAAGAAACAUUAUACGAAGAAGCCUGUACGUUGGCACCGCGUGGUUGCGAUUUGACAGUCGAGGAUCUUCGAAAAGCACGUUAUUUACGUGCCUGCAUUAAUGAAGCGUUUAGGUUGGUACCAACGGCACCAUGUAUCGCAAGAAUUUUAGACGAACCAAUAGAAUUGGAUGGCUAUCAUCUCGACGCUGGGACGGUAGUUCUCUUGCAUACAUGGAUAGCUGGAUUAGACGAGAAUAACUUUAAGAAUGCGUCCAAAUGCGUGCCUGAAAGAUGGCUGAAGCCUAUGGUACCACAUUCGCCAUUACUGGUAGCGCCUUUCGGUGCUGGUCGAAGAAUCUGCCCGGGCAAACGCUUUGUGGAACUUGCUCUACAACUUAUCCUAGCGAAGAUCGUUCGAGAAUUCGAAAUCGUAGUAGACGAUAAGCUCGAUCUGCAAUUCGAGUUUAUUCUCGCCCCGAAAAGUCCGGUCUCACUCGGUUUUCGAGAUCGUCUGGAGGUGGUAUGAAAAAUGAUCGAAUAAUUAGAAGACCAAACGCCUUGCCAAAUCGCGUUUUAAUCGUAUAAAUUUACGCGUAACGUGAAAUGUAUAUAUAUAUAUAUAUAUAUAUAUAUAUAUAUAUAUAUAUGUAUAUAUAUACAUAUAUGUUAUACGUAUGUAUUGUAUAUUCAGCGCGAAUAUCACGUUUAAGCAUUCGACGUUAAUCAUUUUCAUCGAUUGAUCUAUCGAGAAUCGUUUUUUCCUUUAUAUAUUUUUUUUUAUCUUUUUGCCAGCACGCAAUAUUUUUAACCUAUUGCACUCGACGAACGUUAUCAGUAAGUCUCAAUUCUAAAUGUCAACGUUUUCUUAGUGUUUCUCCUCUUUUUUUUUUUUUCAACUGAAUGAAAUGCGAAUUAACAACAAUAACAAAAGACAAAGCGAGAAUGUCAUCUCGAGUGCAAAAGGUUAAUUUCUAAGAGCAUUCUACUCGAACAUUAAAUUAUCUAUUAUACGACUAAUUAGGAUCGUCUUAUUUUUUUCAAACAUUGACGUACAUAUGUAUGGUAUGUACAUGGAUGCAAUGAUAUCGUAAUAAUUAAAA